AAUAUGCAUGUUAAGUAUUUAAACAUUCAUUUAAAACCAGCUGUUUGUGUCCUCAAAAGAUCAUAAAGAAAUCACGACAAUUAAUCUUUACAUAUUUGUAUAAAGGAUUAAUUGCUUGGAGAUAUGAAACUGUCAAUUACAUUGAAGGUUGGUUACAAUAUAGUCUGACAAGAAACGUGACAUUUUAUUUUUGUUAAAACGUUUUUAAAAACAAAAGAGCAAUUAACAUGGGAAAUGGCUCCUCAUCUUCUCGUCCAAAUACCGUCGUAGUUCGACCAGCAGAGACUAACCAAACAACGUUUCUCCCUGAGAGAAAUAAUCAUGUGUCAGUCUCUACAACAAACAGUUCGCUGGCAAAUGGAGGGACGAGCGGUAAUUCUCGGCUUACUCCAACUUGCCCCCAGUACCAAGAGCUGGAUGAGUCGAUAGAAAUGGCAGCAUCACCGAAAGUAUCGACUCGUCAAUCUUUUGAAGGCGAUGAUUCAAGACAAGUAAGAACUGUGGAAUGUACACAAAAUGGACAACAAUCAAGCGAACCAGCUGAAGAAAUGGUGUUUGAAGUGUACCAUUCAUUUCAAAAUGGAAGAGACUAUACCGUGCUCAACAAUGAAGGGACAAGAUUUUAUCUCGAUUCAUGGGAAACAGGAGAGUGGCAGCCAUUUCCAGAAGACUGGCUUAACUUUGGUCAUAUAGAAACUGAAGCUAGAACCUCCACAAACACAGAUGCAGUAUCGACAAGUGACAUCAUUCUGGAUAACAACAAUCGCAUGGAGGAUGAAAGGAUGAGUGAAUUAGACCAUCCAUUGAAAGGCAAACUAAUAACAUACAUGAUGGAUGCACAAUGCUUUGUCCAUUGUGUGUUUGAACCGUCUUCAGGUGCAUGGUUAAAACUCCCAUUAUCAUGGGAACUUCAUUCGCCAUCCAUCAAACCAAUGAUUUCCUCUAUUCAGCAGACAAUACCAAAGUGGAGAGACCAAAAUGAAAUCUUGUCCAUGCUACGGCAAUGCAGUUACGAUGUUGAUGAAACAAUUGCUACUUAUCUUGCUCUUAAUUUAGAGAAUGAUUCAACAUGGAGGAAGAAACACACUCACUCAGGAUCUUUUCACGGAGAUAUUGGAAGAAUACAAAGAGAAAUACAAUCAUUAAGACAGCGUGUUGAACAACUUGAAGACCAGCUUCAUGUCAAAGAAACAGAGCUCUACACACAGGAACAACAACAGAAUAACUUAAAAACAAAGUUAGAAAUGAAAGAAUCUGUGAUAGCUCAGCUUGAAAUCAAAAUGUCAUGUUUACAAAAUAAUCUUGAGGAUGCCAAAGCACAACUGGAUGAAGUAGCUUCUUCAAAUGAUUGUAGUAUAAUUUCUGAUGAAGUAGUUAGAACUCCCACACCAAAGAGAAGGAAAAUCAACUCUGAAACAGUUUAUGCAGCUAAGAUGUCAUUGAAUGGGUUGUCCAAGUCCACUCAACAGUUAAAAGACAUCUUUGUAAAAGAGAGAGAGAACAUUCAAUUGUUAUUGCAAAAUGCAAUUUCAGGUAUAAUGGAGUUUAGGUCAACAGCAAAAUAUGAAAAAGAGCAAAUAGCAGAACUGAAAAAACUAUAUCAUCAAGAGGCUUUACAUCGCAGGAUGCUGUACAACAAAGUCCAAGAGUUAAGAGGAAACAUUAGAGUGUUUUGUCGAUGCCGUUAUGAUCCCCAAGCUAAAAUGGCUGUUCAUUUUCCAUCAGAGUUUGAAGUAAAGGCGCAGACUCCAUCAGGAGAAAGAACAUUUGCAUUCGACAGGGUGUUUUCUCCUACUACUACACAAGAGAAGGUUUUCGAGGAUACUUUGCCUUUGAUAACAUCUUGUGUGGAUGGAUACAAUGUGUGUAUCAUGGCUUAUGGGCAAACAGGUUCAGGGAAAACGUACACCAUGAUGGGUCCAGAUGCAAAUCCUGGAGUUAAUGUCCGAUCGGUUCAAGAAUUGUUGAAACUCUGUAAACAGAGGGAGAAUGUUGAAUACACACUAACUGUUUCAAUGUUAGAGGUUUACAAUGAGUCGCUGCGUGAUCUUCUAAGCGACAGUUCCACAUCACAGUUAAAUAUUAUUAUGAAGGGCAAGGUUGUUGUAGUGACUGACUUGACAGAAGUCCAGGUCAAUAGUGAAGACUCAAUCACAAAAAUAAUGGCAAAAGGUAAUGCUAACCGUUCUGUUGGAGAAACCAAGAUGAAUACAAACAGUUCUCGCUCUCAUCUAGUGUUAAUCCUGAACGUCAAGGGAGUUGACCUGGUUUCAAACUCAAUUUCUCAUGGAACUUUGACUCUUGUAGACUUGGCCGGAUCAGAAAGAAUCUCCAAGACUGAAGCAACAGGGCAAAGACUUGUUGAGGCAGCAGCAAUCAAUAAAUCACUGUCUGCCCUUGGACAAGUCUUCACUGCUCUACGCACCAAUGCCAUGCAUGUACCAUAUCGGAACUCCAAGCUAACACAGUUACUACAAGGAGCCCUAGGGGGGGAUGGAAAGGCUUGCAUGUUCGUGAACAUUAGUCCUGCUGAUUAUAAUCUUAGUGAGACCCUGAGUACUUUGAAUUUUGGAUCUGGUGUCAAACAAGUUCAGCUUGGAAAACCUGUACAAAACGUGAAAAAGAUUGCCAAAAACAGGUCUCUCAUGGCCUAGUCUAAUUUUAUAAAGUAAAAAUGAAAGAUAUUAAGAAUACUUAAAAAUUUGCAUUCAUGCAUUUCUCAUUCGUUCUUUUUCUUUCCCAUGUUUUUAACACUGCCGGUGAAUUCAGGUUUACAGAUUUAACAAGAUGUGUUUAUUGAUAGUUAUUUAUUCAGACAUAAACUUAGAGUUAAUUAAAAUGAACUGACAUCUAUUAUUUAAAUAAAAUAUGCCUAAUAAGUAAUUGAAAGUCUAACCUUUUAUUUGAACUGAUUUAAAAUUUACAUAUCUUAGUUGUUCCUUGUAUUUACAUAUGUACUGUAGGAGAGUGUAAUUAGUGCUAAUAACGUUAAAAUCACCAAAUGAGCACACUAAGUACUCCAGUUGAAACAAAGAAAACAAUCAGAAUAAUUUUUGCUAGAGUAUGUCAAUGUGUUGUCUGUAUUGAAAAGAUGAGUGUUAAUUACGAUAACAUUACCAUAAAUGACAUCAUAUAUAUUAAAAAAAAAUUGUCAAUAAAAACUUUGUUCCUUCCUUUGAUUUACUGUCUUAGAUAAACAAAGCUAGCAAGUGGACGUACUGAAAUUCCAUGAAACAAUUAAAUAUGCUAAUAUACCGCUAAAUAGAGGUGAUUAAACAAGAAAUUAGUAAAAUUUCCUUCUAUAUGUAAUGCAAUGGAUUUAGUGUAAAGACUAAUUAUAAGUUUUUCUCUUUUUACACAAACUCUCCUCCCCUUUGUUAAUUUACAUUGCCAUAAAAAAAAAUAAGGAAAGAACAAAUCUUAUAUUGACAUUUUUUACAAUUUUUUGAAAAUAUGUUUUUU